UAUUAUUUUAAGCAUAUUAUAAAGGAUUUUAUAAUGUAAGUGGCUUGUUGGCGUUUUUGACGUCACGCGUAUCCGUUACGUAUCCGUGUGAAGAUGGCGGAAGUAGAUGAGUCUAACAAGCCUCUGUUUGCAGGUUUGUCUGACAUCUCAAUCUCGGAGGACAUUCCAGUGGAGGGAGAUAUAUCUGUGCCGGUGGGCUCACAGAGCGCUGACAAUGAUUUCUCCACCCUGGAUGAGCCUGUCAAAGACACUAUUCUGAGGGAUCUGAGAGCUGUUGGACAGAAGUUUGUCCAUGUUAUGUACCCCAAGAAAAGUUCUGCGCUACUUAGAGACUGGGACUUAUGGGGACCUCUCCUCCUCUGUGUUACUCUGGCCUUAAUGCUACAGGGUGGUUCUGCUGACAGUGAGGAGGAUGGCAGGCCACAGUUUGCAGAAGUCUUUGUCAUCAUCUGGUUUGGUUCUGUAAUCAUCACCCUCAACUCCAAACUACUGGGAGGAACUAUCUCAUUUUUCCAGAGUCUUUGUGUGUUGGGGUACUGUAUUCUCCCUCUGACCGUGGCCAUGAUAGUGUGUCGUAUAGUUCUUCUGGGAAGCGUAAGCGGCGUCAGUUUUGCUGUCCGUCUCAUAGUUGUCACCGCUUCCUUCAGCUGGUCAACGUUUGCCUCCACAGCAUUUCUUGCAGACAGCCAACCGGCCAAUAGGAAAGCCCUGGUCGUGUAUCCAGUGUUCCUGUUCUACUUUGUGAUUGGCUGGAUGAUUUUGACAUUUUCGCCUUCUCAGUAGCAUACAUACACCCUACACCAGUACGCAUAAUGAACUCUUCCCCUUUGCAAAGACAAGCAGCAGACUGUCUAGGAGCUAGCCAGUGAGUGACCUAGCCUAAAAGAAGGGGGAUCACUUUGAUGGACACUCAUAAAUGGACAACCGGAGGACAGUAAGGGGAUUAUUGCUUAAAUAUCACUUCUCCCCAUCCCUCAUUUAGUUGGAUAAGAGGAGAGAAAAGGAAUGGAGGAUAUUAAUUCUUCAGUGCUACUAAUUUAACAACAGACUACAUGUCUUCAUUAUAUGAAUGUUUUGUUGUGUGAGGAACAUUAGUGCCCCUCUGAGCAAUUCCGGAUGUACUUUUUGUGUUCUUUUUGUCUUGUGUAUGUCUUCAUGUGCGAAUGCGUUUACUAAAGCAUAGUAUGUGACUAUGUGAGCGUGCGUUUAUUUGUUAUCAUGUCAGAUUAAGCAUUGUCUCUAUUGGGAGAAUUAUUCAGCUAUCAUCAGGCCACACAUUUACAUCAGUCCUGCACACAAAUGUUGCUUUUCUUUGGUGUUUUCUUUUUACUUCUCAGUGAUGUUUGGGCCUCAUUACAUUUAUUUUUCGUCGGUGGAAGUUAGUACAUUCCAGAAGGAAAUAAACAUUCACUUUAAUAAGUGCUGCAUA